AUUUCUAAUGAAACAAAAGUUCAAUUUGACUAUCUCGAGCAACUAUAUGAUAACAAAUUACUGUUUGUUGUUGAACAGAAAGGCAACUUCCACCUACCAAGGAAACUACUUGUGAAGUUUGUAGGACGGUUCGAAGUAGAAGCACACAAAGCCUGCGCUAAUUUGGGCAUUGCACCUCAGCUUUUCGGUUAUCAGAGAAUUCCGGGCAAACGGCAUAUGAUUGUAAUGGAGUUUUUAGAAGAUUAUGAAUGUCUUUCAUUACGCGAACCUAUAGAAGUCAAAAACGCUGUUAAAGAAGCAGUUAAAAAAAUGCAUGAUUCUGGAUUUGUGCACGGUGAUUUGAGGAAUAUAAAAAAAGGGGGGAAUGAUAGUGAUCAAAUUUUGAGACAUCCUGAUGCUUACUCUGGAUACCAGAUUCAGCAAGAGCAUGAUGAAUAUAUGGUUGGCCUCUUGUAA